AGGUGUGUGGGUGUUUCAGGAAGAGCUUCCGCCCGCCGGCUCGAGUUAGCCCGAGGACUGACUGUUUCCUUCUUUUUGUCUGUGUGUGUUUUUCGCAACGCCUCAGACGCAAUAACGCGGAGCCGUGAAUAACCCCAUCAGUCAUGGAAGUUUCCCCAGUUGAACAAUCAGGCCCUUUAAAAGCCUCCAGAUCCGCACAACAGCACCCAACACCGGACACCGAGCACCGGCGAGCCGCCAUGAAGACCUGCUGCCUCUUUCUGCUGCACCUCUGUGUGUGCCAGCUGCUGUGUGUGCCCCUACAGCCAGAGCUGACACACACACACGGCACACAGCCAGAGCUGACACACACACACGCUGAACACACACUGAAAGCCUUGAGUUUGGCUAAGAAGAUCCUGAGCGACAUUCCAGCUGUGCAGGAGCUCUGCGCACCCAACACUGGUUUGAGUUCCUCCACUGAUGACAAACACUUGGAGUUUUUAUCCAGUGAGUUCCAGAUCCCGAUGGUGCCGCUGCUCAAAUCAGAGGCCUUAACACAGGAGGAGCGUGUGCAGCGGAUGCUCAUCGGUCUGGAGCUUCAUCACAGAGUCCUGCGGAAGCUGCUGGAGCCCUGCAGCCCAAUGAACCUACUGAACGACCUCACAGAGCUGCGUGCGCUGCUCCUCCUCCAGGUGCCCCCUGCUGGUCCUGAGGUGUUCCCGCACACACACACACUCUCGGCUCCACUCAGCCAGUUCCAGCUGCAGGUGUGUGUGCGCGUGACACUCCGGCAGCUGCGCAGCUUCAUGCAGGACGUGUUUCGCAGCCUGCGUCACAUCAGUGUGUCCCGGCGCUAACUGCACACACAGCAGGACUUUAUAUUUAUGUAUUUAAUAUUUAUUUUGAACGAUUGUGA